AUGGAAGCAUUUGUGGAAAUUCUCGUAGAUACUUUGCAGUCCAUGAUCGAGGAGGAGCUUGGAUUGCUUGGUGGCGUUGCAACUGACAUGCAAAAGCUUUCAAGCUUGCUCUCCAUCACCAAGGCAGUGCUUGAAGAUGCAGAGCAGAAGCAAUUCACAGACAAGGCGAUACAACUCUGGUUUCAGAAGCUCAAUGGUGUUGCCUGUGAAAUAGAUGACGUAUUGGAUGAUUACGUAGCUGGAGCCUCAAGAAUCAAGUACAAAAAUUCUGGUUGUUUUAGUUUGAUGUGUUACCCUGUAGCAGGAAACUUAGUGUUUCGUCACAGGAUUGGGACAAGGAUGAAGGAGAUCCUUGAAAAAUUUAAUGCAAUAACUGAUGAGCGAAUAGAGCUUGGUUUGAGUGAUCAGAAGGGUGGGAGCUAUUUCAAUGCAAGCCGUGAGGCUGGUGCCGUGGUAAUUGAAGUAGUCCUAGGAAGGGACGAGGAAAAAGAUAAGAUUGUAGACAUCUUGAUGAAAGAAAAGGAUAGAGUCGAUCAAAAUGUAUCAGUGCUCCCUAUAGUGGGUUUUGGAGGCCUUGGAAAGACAACACUUGCCCAAUUGGUGUUCAAUGAUGAGCGCAUAGUCAAACAUUUUGAGCUGAAACUCUGGGUUUGGGUUUCAGAGGAUUUCGAUGUGAAAAGGAUUAUAAAAGCCUUAAUUGAGUCUGUAGAAAAGACUUCUAUUGGAGACUUAGCCUUGGCUCCUCUCCAAAGAAAGCUUCAAGAGUUGUUGAGAGGGAAAAGAUACUUGAUUGUACUGGAUGAUGUCUGGAAUGAGAAUCCAGAGGAAUGGGAGAAACUGAAUUCUGUUCUGGCAUGCGGAUCAAGUGGUAGUUCAACUGUCGUGACAACUCGUAAGCAAAAGGUUGCCACAAUAAUGGGAACAUUACAAACACAUCAUCUGUCGAGUUUGUCAGACUAUCAGUGUUGGUCACUGUUCAGGCAACGGGCAUUUGGCCGUCAAGAGGCUGAAGAAUAUCCUAACCUUGUAGUUAUCGGAAAAGAGAUUGUGAAAAAAUGUGGUGGUGUUCCUCUGGCUGCAAAGGCUCUUGGAGGCUUUCUACGAUUUAAAAGGCAAGAAAAUGAAUGGAACUCCGUCAAAUGCAGUGAAAUUUGGAACUUACCUGAAGAUGAAACACAUAUCUUGCCCGCAUUGAGAUUGAGCUACCUUAAUCUUCCAGUAGAGUUGAGAGGUUGCUUUGCAUAUUGUGCUGUAUUUCCCAAGGGCUCUGAAAUUGAAAAAGAAGAGGUAAUACAUUUGUGGAUGGCAAAUGGAUUGAUUUCUUCUAAUGGAACGAUGGAAGUGGAAGAUGUUGGUGAUGCUGUGGUGACUGAACUACAUCAUAGAUCACUGUUCCAAGCUGUGAAGAUAUUGUCUAGCUAUGGCUAUGUCCCUGCUUUUAGGAUGCAUGACCUUGUCCAUGAUUUGGCUCGAUCAGUAAUGGAGGCUAAACACAGUGGAACAGAGUCAAAUAGAGCCAUGAUGUUGGAUAUCACAGGCACUAACCAGUUUUCUUCUUUCUUGUCAGAAUGUGGUUCCCUGAGGACGCUCAUUGUAAGAUCAGCACAGUCGGAAGAAGUGCUUAUUAAGUUGCCACCUGCUGUAAGCAAACUGAAACAUUUAAGGCAUCUAAAUCUUUCAGCAUCUUUAAUUGUUGAACUACCCAAUUCAAUUUGUGGCUUGUGGAAUUUGCAAAUUUUAAACCUAAAUGAUUGUGAAUAUCUUCGGAGCCUACCCAAAGGCAUGAGAUUCCUCAGAAAUCUUCGACAUCUUUGUCUACACAGGUGCCGGAAUUUGACACACAUGCCAAGUGGAAUUGGGAAGCUAACUUGCCUGCGGACAUUGAGUAUGGUCGUCUUAGGUGGCAAAAGUGGCUUCCGGCUAAGUGAGUUGGGAGGCUUAAAUAACCUUCGAGAAGAGCUAACAAUUGAGCACCUUGAGAGGGUUGAAGACAAAAAGCAUGCAGAAGAAGCUUGCUUAAUUAGAAAACAGGGUCUCCGCAAGUUGCAUUUGAAUUGGGAUUCCGGAAGAAUGUUUCAACAGUACAACGAUGAGGAAGUGCUCGAAGCCUUGAAACCCUGCCCCAGCCUUCAAUAUCUGAGUAUAAGCCGCUUCAACGGUUCAUCAUUAUUUCCAUCUUGGAUUUCAACUGUAACAACUGUUCGUGUGUUCAACAGUGCAGCAGAGUACAUAGUUGGGGCCCAGGAAAGUACUACUACUACUCCAGGGGUGAAAGAGCUGACGUUAGAGUACAUGCCCAACCUAAAAGGAAUGUUAGGAAGAGAAGUCCAAGGUACUGCUAGUACUCCAAGAGUAUUCUCUCAACUUCAAUCCUUGUCUUUUGGCCAUUGCCCAACGUUGACAUUGCCACUGCCACAUAUGCCAUCCCUGAAGAAGUUACACGUCAGGUACUGCGGCCCGAACAUGGCAUGGGUUUCAAUCUCCAAUCUCACUAGUCUUCAAUGCCUUAUACUUGAGUCGAUUGAAGGAUUUAGUUGUUUUCCAGAAGAGAUGCUACAAAAUCUUAGUCUUCUUGAAUCCCUGAGAAUAUUUUGGGUGAGAGAUCUACGAGCCUUACCCAGAAGCUUGGCUAGCCUCACGGCUUUGAAGGAAUUGACCAUCGAGCACUGUCGAGAGCUGGAGUCUCUGCCAGAAGAAGGAUUGCGAGGCCUUGCUUCUUUGCAGGAACUCCAUUUGGUCGGAUGCGAUAAUUUGGUGAGUCUCUCAAUGGGGACUAAAGCCCUCAAAUCCCUGACUCAUCUACGCAUCAUAGUUUCAAAGCUAACAGCUCUGCCAGAGGAAGUCAAAUAUUUCCCCGCACUACAGAAACUACAUCUGUCCGGUUUUCGCAAUCUAACUUCACUGCCAGACUGGUUUGGAGACCACCUCACUUCUCUUCAACACCUGGAACUAGUAUUUUGUCAGAAGCUUGAAACACUUCCAUCCAGCAUUCAAAUGAUGACAACACUCCAAAGUUUGACUAUACGUCACUGCGACCUACUGGGACCACGGUGUGAAAGGGGAGGAGAGGAAUGGCACAAAAUUAAGCACAUCCCGAAUCUGGAAAUUCGGUAA